CAUCAUUUCACCCACAUCCCAGUGACACGCCCUGCCCACCAUGGCACUCCUCGGCGAGCUGUCGCCAUACUUCGUCUACCUGCUGCUCACAGCAGCCCUGGGUCCUCUCUUGUUCGGCUACCACCUCGCAGAGCUCAACGCACCGCAAGAAGUGAUCACAUGCGCCAAACAGCAUAGCAGCGCUUCCACCUUCGAUCGCCUCAAGAACGCCUUCAGUGCGAGCUCGUCGAGCACCUCGCUGCCACAAUGUAUUCCCAUGAGCCCGGCCCAGUUCGGCCUCGUGUCAUCCUUCUUCACUCUUGGAGGACUGAUCGGUGCCCUCUCGGCAGGUCCUGUAACAGGCAAAUAUGGACGGCUCAAGACCAUGAUCUACUUGAGCGCAUUCGCCGUCGUAGGACCUCUGUGUGAGGCAGCAGCCCCUAACAUCGGCGUCAUGGCAUUUGGACGUCUGGUAGCAGGAGUUGGCGCCGGAGGAGCAACAGUCGUGGUUCCAAUAUACAUCAGUGAGAUUUCGCCACCAGAUAAGAGAGGCUUCUUUGGUGCUUUCACACAAAUCCUCACCAACUGUGGAAUCCUCAUUACCCAAGCACUGGGACUCUUUCUGAGCAGAGGGCAAGGAUGGAGAAUCAUACUGGGCGUAGGAGGAGCUAUUGCUCUUGCGCAAAUGGUCGGGCUCGUCCUCGGAGGCCAAGAAUCACCCAAGUACCUCGCAGACGCAGGCAAAACAUCCCAAGCAAAGACCGUCCUGCGCAAACUCCGCGCACCUUCCGCAGACAUUGAAGACGAAAUCCUAGCCCUCGGCGACUCCUCCACCCAUGAAGGACAACCAGAAGAUAUCGACUCCGAACAAGCCACCCUCCUCGCCAACGACUCAUCCUCCCCAGCAUCCAACAAACCUACCACCACCAAACAAUCCCUCGGCUUCUUCACAGUCAGCACCCACCCCGACACCCGCCCCGCCGUAAUUUCCGUCAUCGCCAUAAUGGUCGCUCAACAAUUCACCGGAAUCAACAGCAUAGUAAUGUACGGCGUAGGGCUCCUUUCCUCCUUACUCAGCACCAACGCCGCCCUCCUAAAUGUCUUCGUGGCCCUGGUCAACAUAAUCAUCACAACAUCCUGCGCACCCCUUGCAGAUAAGUGGGGUCGAAAACGAAGUCUUCUCCUCUCGAUAACCGGUAUGGGAAUCUCAUCUAUCCUGCUCGCGAUUGGCAUGAUGAACAGCAUUAAAUUGCUAUCUGCACUCAGCGUUAUCUUAUUCGUUGCGUCUUUCGGGCUCGGGCUAGGUCCCAUACCUUUCAUCCUGGCCUCCGAACUCGUGAGUUCCGAAGCCGUCGGCGCGGUACAAAGCUGGGCUUUGGCAGCCAAUUGGAUCGCGACAUUUGUCGUUGCGCAGUUCUUCCCUCUGAUCAACGAACGCAUGGGAACAGGACAGGUGUAUUUCAUUUUUGCGGCUUUUGCGCUUGUGUUUGGCGGGUUCAUCGCGUGGUAUGUGCCUGAGACGCUAGGGAAGAAGGAUGCGGAUGAAGUUUGGGGGCGGAGGAAGGUUGGUGGGUUGGAAGAUUGAAUUGGAGCGUGUCUUUUGUGGUGGUUUGCGGGAAAUGGCGUUCAAGGGCGCAAGCAUUCAUCCGGGGUUCACAGGACUGGUGUUGGGAUUUGUACGAGAUGCAUUGAGUUUCCUGAGGAAUUCCUCGCCAGGGCAGAGACUUCAAUUGUAAGCAAUGCCCGAGGGUCAGCAAAUCAACAAUCUUCGGUAUACCAGGCAUCACAGAGUCCGAAUUGGUCGCACUGUGCGAGUCAAGCUGCGCGCAGUUCGCCGUGGUAGCGUUCAGUGCUGAAGAUCUUUGAAUAUGAGCCAGUUGACCUACCAGCUUUCUAUCACAAUGAAGGAAGCGAAAAGCCGC